AUGCGCUCCCAUGCGUUGCAGGCGGCUGCGACUGCCAAGAAGCCCCGGAGCAGCAAAAUUGCUCAGAAAGCGCAGACCACACGGAAAUCCGCCAGGGGCAAGAUGCCUGCCAAGGCAGAGGGACCCCCCUCGGAGGCAGAGUAUGACUCAGCAGGUGACUCGUCUUCAGAAGAUGACAACGCAGAUGACAACGCAGAUGACAACGCAGGAAGCUACAAGGAAGCUUACAUGAUGCCUGCCGGCCCCGGCUAG